AUGCCAGUGCUACUGGUAAAGAAGAAGGAUGGGAGUUUGCGCUUAUGUGAUGACUAUCGGCAGCUGAACAAGGUUACUAUAAAGGAUAAAUAUUUGGUGCCAAGGAUCAAUGAUCUAAUGGACCAACUACAGGAUAAAUUUGUUGUCAUCUUCAUUGAUGACAUCCUUAUUUACUCUAAGACUGAAGCAGAACAUGCGGAUCACUUGCGAAUUGUGCUACAAAUCUUCAAGGAUCAAAAAUUGUAUGCCAAGUUAUCUAAAUGUGAGUUUUGGAAGAGUGAGGUGAAAUUUCUCGGUCAUGUGGUAAGUCAACAGGGGAUUGUUGUGGAUCCUGCUAAAGUUAAGGCAGUAAUGAAUUGGGAGCGACCAGCUUCUGUGAUGAAGAUUAGGAGUUUUCUAGGCUUGGUGGGUUAUUAUCGGAGGUUUAUUAAAGGGUUUUCACAACUCGCUUUACCUUUAACUAAGCUGACUAGGAAGGAUACACAAUUUGUUUGGACUCCUGAGUGCGAGGAAAGCUUUCAAGUGUUGAAGCAGAGACUGAUCACGGCACCUAUAUUAGUGUUUUCCGAGCCGAGUGAACCAUUUGAAGUGUACUAUGAUGCAUCACUAAAGGGUCUGGGGUGCGUGUUGAAGCAGCACCGCAAGGUCAUGGCAUAUGCCUCACGGCAGUUAAGAUCGGAUGAAAUGAAUUAUCCGACUCACGACUUAGAACUUGCUGCCAUUGUGUUUGCUCUAAAGAUUUGA